ACUUUGCAAGAUCUUAUCUGGACAAGUUAACUUACUCCCAAAUUAUUCGAACUGCAUUAAAAAAAUGACAGAGCAGGAAAUGUAAGUGAGCAGCUCAUUUGGAUCCAUGGUGUGAGGGCCGUGUACAAAGCGGUACAAAGCAGGGGGCGCAGAGCCGCAGGGAGUGUUCUCCCACUUCACACCGCUGACGCUUCCGUUUCCGAGAGGCGAGAAGCCGCAACAUCAACAUCCACAGUCACCAAAUAACAGAAAACUGUUGAAAUUGAAAAAAGGUGUCUGAGGAUGUCGGGCCAGAAACGUCCUGGAGACCCGGGCGGCCCCUCGUCCUCCGGGGCCCCCUCGGAGAAGCGGAGGGAGCGGGACGGAGAGGACGGAGGCCCCGGUGUCAGCGCCGCGGCCGGGGGGAGCACCGCGGUGGAGACGGUCAUCAAACUGGGAGGGGUGUCAAACUCUGAAGAACAAGACAUCAGAGCUCUCCAGGCUAAGAACCGAAAGUUGGGAGAAGCCCUCGAUCAAAGACAGGUGAUUGAGGACGAGUUGCGAGAGAGGAUCGAGAGGCUGGAGACCCGGCAGGCCACCGAUGAUGCCAGUCUGCUGAUCCUCAAUAGAUACUGGAACCAGUUUGAUGAAAACGUCCAACUGAUCAGCAGGCGUUAUGACCAAGCCAGCAUCGAACCUGAGAAAUCUCCGGCGGCUGAGGGCCGGAGCCUGAAGCCAGAUACUCCAGAACCUGAUGGCGACUCCAACCAGGAGAGGGUUAAGGACAGAGGCCACCAGGGAGAGACAUCCAACUCCUUCCUGGCCACGCUGGCUAGCAGCACCAGCGAGGAGAUGGAAGCUGAGCUUCAGGUGAGAGUGGAGUCCAGCCAGAAACAGGCCAAUCGUGUGGUGGAGAUCUACGAGUGUCUGAAGCGCACUGUGGACCAACUGAAGGCAGAGGUGGACCCUGGAACUGAGGGCAGUUUGUGGAAGGCAGCAUCCACACAGAACUCCCUCCUGUCCAGUGAAAAUGAGCGGCUACAACAGCUGUCUGAGGACCUCAAGCAAAAGCACAGUCACAUGACGAGCGAGUCCCGCUCUCUGGGUCGUGCGGCUAACAAAGCAGACCAACGUGUGAGCGAGCUGCAGGUUCUGAUCGAGGAGCUGCAGUGGGACAUGGAGAAGAUCCGCCGCCGGGAAAACCGCCUGAAUGCACACCUGAGUGAGAUCCUGGAGAGGGUGAACAGCAAAGGCUACAAAGUAUGUGGAGAGGCCAGUAGCGUUUGUGGGACCAUUACUAUUAACAAGAGAAAGUUUGAGGAAAUGAACAGUGAGUUGGAGGAGAACCGUGAGCUGGCAGACAACCGCCUCACUGAGCUGCAGAGGCUCCAGCAAGACUUGCAAACUGUUCACCAGGAGAACAACAACAUGAAGGCGGAGCUGAUGUGUCGAGCAGAGGGCCUGGUCAAAGACACUUCAGAGUAUCGCUGUCUGCAGUCACAGUUUUCUGUUCUCUACAAUGAGUCACUAAUCCUCAAGGCUCAAUUAGACGAGACACGCGCUCGUCUCAACACUACCAGGACGGCACGCUUGCGACAGCUGGAACACAUGGAGAAUGAUGAAGUGGCUCUGCAGAGGAAGGUUCGUACAGAGGUGUUUCAGCUGGAGGACACUCUGGCUCAGGUCAGGAAGGAGUACGAGAUGUUGCGAAUAGAAUUUGAACAGACUCUUGCUGCCAACGAGCAAGCAGGUCCUAUUAACAGGGAAAUGCGGCACUUGAUCAGCACACUGCAAACCCACAACCAGCAGAUGAAGGGAGAGGUGGUGAAAUACAAGAUAAGACUGAGGGAGACACAAGCUGAACUCAACCAGGUCCGUGCCUCUAAGGGCAGCGCCAUCCUCCAAUCACAGUCAAGCUCAGAGAACGACGUUAAGGAUGAGACGACCUCUCCUUUGACCCCAGCCGUCUCUGGAGAACCCGCCGUCAAGAGUGAGACUGACAACGGCUCCUCGACUCCCAGCAGCACCGGUGCCUCAGUGAAAACAGAGCCUGGCGUGGAACCAGAGGCAACAGUAAAAGAGGAGGAGAAAGACGAGAAGAAAGAGAGGGAGGAAAAGAAAGAAAAGGACACUUUAAAGAAAGAAGAGAAAGACAGAGAACGGGACAAAGAGAAGGAAAAGGAGAGAGAUAGGCCGUCCCGCAGCAGUGGGAGCAGCAGCAGUGUGAUAAAGGAAGAGAAGGAGAAGUCCGGGAGCAGUGGCCAACCAGAAGAGUCAGCUGGGGAGCGUCUGUCUGUGGUAGGAGGGUCAAAGAGGAAGGAGAUGGAGCAGCUGAAGAUUGUCAGAGCAGAACUCAAGAAAGCCCAGGAGUCCCAGAGGGAGAUGAAGCUGCUGCUGGACAUGUACCGCUCAGCACCCAAAGAGCAGAGGGACAAAGUCCAGCUCAUGGCUGCAGAGAAAAAGUCCAAGUCCGAGGGAGAGGAGCUGCGGCAGAGGCUAAAGGAGCUGGAGGAGCGGGAGAGGAGGGAGGGCAAGAAGAUGGCAGAUGAAGAGGCUCUGAGGAAGAUUCGCUCUGUGGAGGAGCAGAUUGACAUCCUCAAUAAGAAGCUCUCUAUAGCCAAACAGGAGGAGGACGCACUGCUGAGUGAGAUGGAUGUGACAGGACAGGCCUUCGAGGACAUGCAGGAACAGAACAUCCGGCUGAUGCAGCAGCUCAGAGAAAAAGACGAUGCCAACUUCAAGCUGAUGAGCGAGCGGAUCAAGUCCAACCAGAUCCACAAGCUGUUGAAAGAGGAGAAGGAGGAGCUGGCAGAUCAGCUUCUCACCUUAAAAACUCAGGUCGACGCUCAGCUGCAGGUGGUGAGGAAGCUUGAGGAGAAGGAACGCCUCCUGCAGGGCACCAUCAGCACUGCUGAGAGAGAGUUGGCACUUAGAACACAAGCCUUGGACAUGAACAAACGCAAGGCUCAGGAAUCUGCAUUGCUGUCGGAGGAGGUGCGAACUCAGCUGGAGCAGGUUCAGCAGAGGCUCGGCUUGGUCCGAGAGGAGGUGGUUGAGAACAGUAUCUCCAGGGAGAAAGAGUCUUUUAAUGCUCGACGAGCACAGGAGGACAUCUCCAAACUUAGGAGAAAGAUUGAAAAGGCCAAGAAACCAGCUGAGAAAAUAAGCAAUGGAGACGACAUGUUAAAUGAAGAAAUCAAUGAUUACAAGGCACGUCUAACAUGUCCGUGCUGCAACUCCCGGGUGAAGGACGCUGUACUGACUAAGUGCUUCCACGUCUUCUGCUUCGAGUGCGUCAAAACCCGCUACGACACACGCCAGAGGAAGUGCCCCAAAUGCAACGCCGCCUUCGGAGCAAACGACUUCCAUCGCAUUUACAUCGGCUAAAGCAGCAGACCCCUCCCCCCCUACCACCACCACCACCACCACCUCUGCAACGACUUGCAAGGAAAAGGGUCAACGAUUUCAGCAGCAGUACAAGCACUGCCGGGAGCAUCACUGCACUCCAGUGGCUCCUCCUCUCACGGCGCCCUCACACGCAUCUGUGCGUCUGCAGGAGACUCGGUGUGAAAUCUUCUCCUCUCGAUGAUUCCAGGCUCACGGGGCCGCGUUUGAUGCUCUGAUCUGAACGCUUUAAAAGUUUUUGUUUUAGUUUUAAACGAGUGCAUUCAGCUCCAGUAUCCACUACUUCACUGUAAGCUUUCAGAUACUGGAGCGAGAAGAGAGUAGAGAAAAUCAGGUUUGUGUUGGUAUCAGGUUUGGCAGAAAAAAAAUUAGUACCAUGCGAAAAAAACAGCAUUCCUUCCAGUGUAGUGGAUGUUUGUAUCAUGUUGUGUAUGUAUAUACCAUAUGUCAUUACCGUUUCUUUCCUUUUUUUUUUAUUUUGAAAGCUGCUUCUUCUUUCUCCAAUCUGUUCUCUAAAAUCUCCAGACUUGAUUAUGUGUAAUUUGCUGUUUGCUGGUUAAUAAAUUGCCAUCAAAACGUU